AUGUUGAAGACAAGCACAAUUGCACCUAGUCAUAGAUAUCUGGAGUCGGCAGCCGGUCGUCCUUGGACACCUGCUGUGGGGAGCCGCUUCCUUCGCGGCCGCCCGCUGAGGGGCUCUGCCAGUCACAAAUCUGCAGCGGGCCCGACUAGCCCCAGGUCCGCCCGACACAGCCAUGUGAAUUUCAUCAGUCGAGGCGCCAGCAGAGACCAGCCACCACCCCCAGUCAGCAAAAAGAAGACAAGUGACGAAGACGACAAGUGGAAGCAGACCCUUAGGCUCCACAGUACGGGAAACGCUCGGUGCAGAAAUGUCAGACUCGAUGUGGGCACGCAACAGAACGGAACUGCGAGGGAAAAAAAGGACGAGCUUAGCUGCGGGGAAAUGCUCUGCAGACGGGUCGGGAACGAAGGACAUAAGGUGCAGCGCGGCGCAGGAAAACGCGACUGCCUUCGACGUCGGAGAGUGCGGGGCGUGCAGGCCGCGGCCGCUCGGUCACGUGCGCCUCGCCGAGGACUGGCCGGCCGGGGCGGCGCGCGCCCCUGCGCUGCCGCCACCGUGGCCGCCAGUUAA